AAAAUUAGGUGAUUUUGAUUUUUUAGCACAUUGAUUUUUUACUUACCAUAUGAAACAAAUUUCAAGUCUUUCUCUACAGUUUUCAUGUUUCCAAAUGUGAAUUUUUUUCUCCUUAUCACAAAAUUAAAAUAUUCCUCCCCCUAAUGACACAUUUUUAAAUAUACUUUCUUUUGACUUUAUAAAUACGUAAAUACAUGAAAUAAUAUUUUUCACUCUUGAGUUGAAUGAGGUGCUGAUAUCUGGUUUCUUUAUAGAGUUAAACAGUUCUAUACAAAAACCAAAUUCUGCAUAGAAAAUGGGAUGUUUAACUGUCAUUAAGAACAUGAAGAAAAGGUAUGAAAAAUCCAAAUCACAAAGUGGAAGUCGUAAUGAGCAGUUAUCUACAGCACUGCCUCAACUUCAAGCUUCUCGCUCAUUACACUUCAAUCCUCGAAAUCCAAAGACUAGCGGGAAAUCCCCAAACCCGGUUACCCGAGUUACCAACAACAGAACAAGAGCGUUAUCCGCUCCAUCAGCUCUUGAAGCUGCAGAACAAGAAGCUCUAGCCUCAAUUGAGCAAGAGGAACGAGAAAUGCCGAAAACUCUAGCGAGAUUAAUGAGGGAGCCUCGUGUACCUAGUCCAGUACCUUGUCCACUACCCUUACCUCUUCCAUCUCCUGGAAGAAGGGGUCCAUUGAAGUUAAAGAUGGCUAGUGAUCCUUUCUAUGCUUCUGGCUCGGCUAUUGAUACAGCAGAACAAGAUGGUUUUGAAACAUUUCAGUAUGAUGCGCGAGAAUGGUCUAAAAAACGAGACAGGUCCGUGAAGAAACAGCAUCUAGCUACAGCUACUCCACUACCUUUACCACCUAUAGGAAGAUAUCCAUCGAAGGCUACUACUAGCAGCUCUAAGUCGGGAACAGUUACUGAUUCGGUUCGUUUCUUUCUGUAUGAGGAAAUUGUCGCUGCUUGUCACAAUUUCCGUUGGGAUAGAUGCAUGUCAGAAUGUUUUUCUUACACCUUAUAUAAAGCUUCCUUUUUUCAUGAAGCUUCAUGUAAGAAGCUUAAAGCCAUUGUCGCGCGCCUUCACCCAUCAAGUCAGGACUUGAGGGAAUUCAUGAAUGAGGUUAGUACUCUCUCAAAACUGCAACACCCGAACAUCUGUAAAUUGCUCGGAUUUUAUGCAAGCGAUACCUCUGAAACAAGGAUGUUAGUUUAUGAGAGGCUAAGCAAUGGGAGCUUGGACAGUCUGUUGUUCGGGAGAUCUGAUGGCUUCUCGAUUGAUUGGAACACAAGAAUGAAAAUCGCCUUCUCUGCUGCACAAGGUCUUACUUAUUUGCAUGAGGAAGGGCCUUUUAAGCAGGCCAUGUAUAAUGAUUUUUCAGCAGUGAACAUACAGAUUGAUUUAGAUUUCAAUGCAAAGCUUUCAGGAUAUGGUUUUGUUGGACAUAUUGCUGAGUUAAAGUUUUCAAGAAGUUCAUCUGCGUCAGGGAAUCUUUCUGUGGAGACAAUGAAAAAAGGAAAGCUUACUCCAAAGAGCAAUGUAUGGAGUUUUGGAGUUGUUCUUCUGGAGCUACUCACCGGAAGAAAGAAUUUUGACCUAAAUCUUCCCAAGAGAGAUAGGAACUUAGUCAGAUGGUGUCAGCCUUUCUUAGCUGAUAACUUGUCUGUGAUCAUGGAUUCUCAACUUGAAGGUCGGUUUCCGCCCAAAGCAGCAAGAAUAGUAGCUGGCAUUGCGCAAAGAUGCCUCCAAAAGGAACCAUCAGAAAGACCAACCAUGAGAGCCAUUGUUGAGGAUCUCAAAAUCUUAAUAGAUAUGCAGUACCCUCGUUGGUUCCCACUGCAUGAGCCGGCCGCUGUGUACGGAAGGCAAAUGGAAAGAUCACUAAGUGUCGACGGUAUCAAUCAUGGACGUAGUUUGGGUUUCUCUCCGCCAUGGCUACCAUCAAUCAGAGCAUCUAUUUCACAUCCUCCAAGAUGGUCUUCUGUUCCCGUAGCGCUUCCUUCUCCUCUUGCUCCUUCCUCCAAUGUCAUUACUGAGGAGAUCAUUAGGGAGGAAAGUACAAAGCAAUCAUCCUCAGUAUCAGAGAAAGCUUAGUUUUGUAGGCAAUUGAAUUUCUCUAUUUUCAUUAUUUUUAUUGAAUUGCCAGUUUAGUCAAUAAAUUUAUAAGUGUCAAACAUUUUAGUUCCUUACUGAAUUUUUCAGUGAAUUUUAAAAUUGAAAAUCUUCAAUCACAUUAGUCUUUGGAGAUGAAAUCAAAGUGUGAUUAAAAAUAAUAAAUUUGAAUAUCAUUUUAGAAUUCCGGUCAUGUUAAGACCAAAUUGUAUCAGGGCUUCAAUUUUAUGGAACAAGUUUGGAAUUCACUAGAUAAUGUUUUGUUUUAUUUUGGCAAUAAAAUUUGGGGGUGUCUAGGGUUGAUAUGAUCUAUCAUA